UAUUUCCUUUUUAUAAAAAACAUAGUAGAUUAGUAGCCUUAAGUUUUAACCCCAAAACUCAGAUACAAGCAUUCACUUGUCUCCUUGAGUGAUUCGUGCCAUGAUACAACACUCUAAUCGACGCCGUUUUGAUCCUUCUAAAGAGCAUUUCCCUUCGACAGAGCCCUAACCUGCGACUGCUACAACAUUUAGAGCUAUGAACCCCUCAUUCUUCCAGAUGUUCAUACCGGUUAUCAUGAAGAUACUUGGGGUUGAGAUUAUGACAUGUUUACCAAAAUUUUGAGGCAAGAAUUUGUGUUUUAGAUUUGGUUAACAAUGGAGGCAACAGUGAAAAAGUUUCAGCAGAAAUUUAAGAGGGUGAAAGAUGACAUGGAUAAAUGGGACGACCUCCAUGCUCGAUUAGUGUCACAGUUCAGAAAUGCUUCUUCCAUUAUUGGAAGGUUACAGUUGCUUGAAAGUCCCAAAAACUAUGGCUCCCUAAAAAACCUUGAUAACAUUAAAAAUACCAUCUUCACAAAACAGAUGGAAUCCCUUCAGAAGAUAUUGCUUUCAAUGACUAAAACUCUGGAGGAAUUAAAUGGUGUUGUUUUUUCUCUUGCAAAAACUGUUCGUGAUGCUAAACAGCAAGUGAAAGGUGGUUCUGUUCAGCUUUCAAUGAAGCAAUUACAUCAAAGAAUUGGUGUAAAACCAAGUAUUGCAGAUUGCUUAGAAGGGCUUCGAAUUCUACAUGAGAUGUAUCAAUCAGAGUAUGUGCUUAAAUCAUCCGUGACAUCAGCGCUUGUUAGCCUUGCCUUGAAACCAAGUGUUGGUGAUUUACAAAGUCUCGAGCGACUUUUGGUAGAUCAACCGAAUAUCCCGAAUGAAGAAGUGCAAUCCAUAUAUGAUGUCAUAUUUGCUGAAGAAAUGUGUUGAUGGGGGAGAAUGUGAAAUUAAGGGUUUAGGUGUAGCCGUAUAGGACAUCAAAUCUUCUUUGUUUUAUUUUAGUUAAAAUGUUAGGGUUUAUCAAGAAACUAUUUUUUCUACUAAUAUUGUUUAAACAACAAUUUCAAGAAAAAAAAUUAUGUGUAUGUUCAAUAAUUUGUUUGUUUAGUGUUUUUAGCUUUAAGGAAAAAAU